AUGACGUCGGUUUCUAAUUUUAUUGAACGAAAAGCAAUUGAUAUUUCGGGUCGAUUAGGUUCAUUUUAUGAUGCAUCAUAUGACAGAUUGGUUGAUAAAUACUCUGUCAAGGCAUCUAACAUUCGAAGACUUAACGGAUGUUCUAUAUGUAAAGUAUUCUCAGGUGAUCAAUCAAUUGAUUUAAUAACUUAUCUUAAAGAGAUGGAUGCCAGUGAUGAUCUUCAACAAAGUAUACUUCUUUGUAUGGUUAGUCCAUCAGGAGUUUGUUCUCUAGUCAAUCAUAAUCAAUCUAUUCAUGAUAAUAGUCGUUUUCUAUAUUAUUCAUAUAGAAGUAAAGAAGAAGAAUUGAAUUUUACAGCUGGAAAUGUAGAUCAAAUUAUUCGACCCCCAUCGUCGACUCGUGCAACUCAUAUGAUUACUAAAAUAGUAUGGGGCAUAGAAAUUUUAUGCAUUAUACCGAUUUCAAAUGAUCAAUCUGUGAAGACUGUUGACAAUUUACUUGAAAGUAUUUCCAAUCGAUUACAAAAUAGCAAGGGCAAUCUCGUUCUAAGUGACAUUGAGAAACGUCAAAUUGCUGAACUGAUUAAUGUUACAAUAUAUGGCUCUGAAACAUGUGUUAACAAUCCUAAUACACCAUUAUUAGUUAUUCUAAAUAAACUACAAGAAUGGCAGAAAUAUGAAAAUUUUCAUCAUCCACUUAUUCCUUGUAAACAAAAAUUGAACGACUUCAGCGUUGUACGCCUACCUAUUGAAUCAACAUCAAAACCUCGACGUGAUCAUCUCAAAGAGCAACCAUUACCAUCAGCAUCCUCACCAAAACUACAACGAUCAUUAGCAUCUUCACUUCCAUCAGAAAACAAAUUACCAUCAAUAACUGAGAUCAAUGUAUUACUUAUGGGUGAAACAGGAGUUGGAAAAUCAACAUUCAUUAAUUCAUUUGUUAAUUAUUUAAUUUUCGAUACUCUUGAACAAGCUCAACAAAAUGAUCCGGUUGUAUUAAUUCCAGUUUCAUUUCUUAUUACUACUGGUGAUCAAUUUAAUGAAUUUAUUGUUAAAUUUGAUGAUAUUGAUUCAAAUGAAAAUCAUGAACAUCAAGGUCAAUCAGUAACACAACAAUGUAAAUCAUAUAUGUUCAAAUUAAAUGAAAGAUUAUGUUUACGUUUAAUUGAUACACCAGGUAUGGGUGAUACACGUGGUCUUGUUCAAGAUGAAAUAAAUAUUGAUCAUGUAUUAGCAUAUGUUAAUAAUUUAUCACAUUUAAAUGCUGUUUGUUUACUAUUUAAACCAAAUGAAUCUCGGUUGAAUAUGUUUUUUAGCUCGUGUGUUAAUCAAUUAUUAAUGUAUUUAACACCAAUCUUUUAUAAUAAUAUUAUUUUUUGUUUUACUAAUGCUCGAUCAACAUUUUUUGCACCGGGUAAUACUGGUUCAUUACUUCGAGAAAUGUUUAAACAAGAACAUCUUAAAGAUAUUCCAUUUGAAAAGAAAAAUACAUUUUGUUUUGAUAGUGAAUCAUUUCGAUAUUUAGCAGCUAAAAAACGUGGUGUUGAAUUUGAUGAAUUUGUAAAACAAGAAUCUAUUAAUAGCUGGACAACAUCAGUGACUGAAUCUGUACGUUUACUUCAUUUUAUUCUUAAUUUAAAACCAUAUAAUUUAAAUGAAUGGCAAUCAAUAAGAAAAACUAGUCUUGAAAUCUCAAUACUUGCUCGACCUCUUAUGGAAACAUUACGUUUAAUACUUUACAAUUGGAAAUUACAUGAAGUUGGAUUAACUGAUAAAGAAAUAACAAUAAAUACAGUUCAUGUUAUCACUAAGAUAUGUUCCAAUUGUGCAAAAAAAACUAAAGAAAAUAAUCUUAUUUUGAAAACGAGACGUUUAUUUAAAAAAACUGAAGAUUUGUUAAUAUAUUGGUUAGUUAUGUUGUUAUUUCGUUUUCAUUUCUUUCCAAAUACUAUUCUUCUCUAG